CAAAAGCAGAGAUUUUGCUCUUUGGUCGAAAUCCUUAUCAAUUUGCAAUGCCAGAUAGAGGUAGUAGCCUAAAGCACUUUAGAUACAUGGUAUUAACGAGAAGAGAAGAGUGGACGGAUAGAUACAAAAAGGAGGGGAUAGCCUCUAAGAAUUAUGAACGAGUAAAAAGAACAUUCUUGAUUCGACUUGGUGAUUUGAUGAUAGUUACAGGCUUAAUUUACCUCUACUGCCAAUUAAUAAGAGUGAAGGCGUGACGAAUAUAAGCAAAGGGACAGUUACAAGACAC